AUGUCCCGCCAAACUCGAGCCAAGAUUGCUGGACUACUUCUUGGGCGCAAGUCAACCUGCUUCUGUGGUUACGUAGCUUCCCGGUCUAGUCUGCCCGCAUCGCGGUGCCAGCGCGAUCCGCGCUCCUGUGGUGCCAGCCUGGCCCAGUCUGCCUCCAGCGAUGCUAAUCCGGUCCAGUCAGCGCUCCAGCGGUGUCAGCUAGGUCCAGUCUGCGCUCCAGAGGUGCCAGCCCGGUCCAGUCUUCGUGCCAGUGGUGCCAGCCCGGUCCAGUCUGCGCCCCAGCGGUGCGAGCACGGUCCAGUCUGCGCUCCAGCGGUGACAGCCCGGUCGAAUCUGCGCGCCAGUGGUGACAGCCCGGUCGAAUCUGCGCGCCAAUGGAGCCAGCCCGGUCCAGUCUGCGCUCCAGCGGUGACAGCCCGGUCCAGUAUGCGCGCCAGCGGUGCCAGCCCGGUCCUGUCUGCGCGCCAGUGGUGCCAGCACUGCCAGCCGGUCCAGUCAGCGCGCCGGUGGUGCCAACCCGGUCCAGUGUGCGCGCCACGUGAUGCCAGUCCGGUCCAGUCUGCGCGCCAGUGGUGCCAGCCUGGCCCAGUCUGCGCUCCUAUAGUGCCGGCCCGUUCCAGUCUGCGCGCCAGUGGUGCCAGCCAGCCUGGUCCAGUCAGCGCGCCAGUGGUGCCAGCCCGGUCCACCUGCGCGCCAGUGGUGCCAGCCAGCCCGGUCCAGUCAGCGCGCCAGUGGUGCCAGCCCGGUCCACCUGCGCGCCAGUGGUGCCAGCGCGGUCCACUCUGCGCACCAGUGGUGCCAGCCCGGUCCAGUGUGCGCUCCUAUGGUGCCUGCACGGUCCAGUUUGCGCGCCAGUGCUGCCAGCCCGUUCCAGUCAGCGCGCCAGUGGUGCCAGUCUGCGCGCUAGUGGUGCCAGUCUGCGCACCAGUGGCGCCGGUCUGGUCCAGUCUGCGCGCCAGCUCGUCUAGCACUUAA